AUGGCGGGCAACGCAGAAGCAUCGUCUUCCGGCGACAAUGGCGCCUCAGGCAAGUCCACCUCUGGCUCGUUCAAGCACAUCGGCAACAAGAUGAAGCGCACCGAGCUGUAUCGCAAGUACAAAGCCGAAAAGGCCAAAGCCAAGUUCUCGAGGAGAUCAGCACAGGCCAAAGAGGAGCGAGGUGAAGACGGCGCAGCGAAGAAAGCGGCUCGACUCUCGGCCAACAAGACGAGGACGAUCGAGAACACGCGAGAUUUCAAUCCGACCAUCAUCAAUGCACCCAACACGCACGAAGGUCCAGGGCCGAGUAACACCAAGACGGGAGACGACCACGACAGUGACGCAGAUGGAAGCGAUGCUGGGGAGGAGAUGGAGGCAGUGCAGGAGGAGCAGGAGGCGCUGGAAGAAGUGGAUGACGAUGAAGAUCCAAACGCGCCCCCUGCGAUUCUGAUCACGACGUCGAUGCCGUCCUCUUCGACAUCGCCGCAUUUGGAAUCGCUCAACGCACGCUCGCAUCCUGCCGAGAAGACGCGCAAGUUUGUCGACGAACUGCUCUCCGUUUUCCCCGGCGCCGAGUACCGACCGCGUUCCAAAGCACAAGGUGUGGGGCUCGGCAAGAUCUGCGGCUGGGCACGAGAGCGUCGUUUCGGCGCAGUGCUCGUCGUCGGCGAAUCUCGCAAAGAACCCUUCGCACUCACAGUCAUUCAACUCCCACACGGCCCGACCGCCUUCUUCCGCCUCACGUCGAUCCGCACCGGCGACGAGAUCUACGGCAAAGCACGCCCGACCCCUCACACGCCAGAACUGAUCCUCAACAAUUUCACCACUGUUCUCGGCCAUCGCGUCGGAACCGUGUUCCAGAGCCUCUUUCCCAAGAUCCCGCACCUGGAGGGCAGACAGGUGGUCACCUGUCACAACCAGCGUGACUACAUUUUCUUCAGGAGGCACAGGUACAUGUUCAAGAGCGACUCCAAGACGGCGCUCCAGGAGAUCGGACCUCGCUUUACGCUCAAGCUGCAUAGUCUGAAGGAGAGUCUGCCCAAGGGGGCGGGUGUGUGGGACGGAAAGUAUUCGGAGGAGUACGCCGAGUUGGAGCCGGAAGAGUUGGAGGCACUGCAGGCGCAGAAUGAGGGUGGGGAUGAGGAGGGAGCGGCGGCUGCAGCGGCAAUGGCGGACGAGGAGGACGGUACAGAGCGAUCGAUGGGUGGAGGCAAGGCAGCCGAGGCUUCAUCGUCGUUGUCCAAGAAUAAGAGACAGCGAGGAGAGGAGGAGACCGUGGGAUUGGACUUCCAGUGGAAGCCAAAGAUGAGUGUCUCUCGACGCAACUUCUAUCUUUGA